GUGAGGCUCUUACUGAGUUUCAGGUGCAAUGUUAAACCUUUGUAUUGUGCUUUAAACAUCAUCAUUGAACUGCUUAAGGGAUGCCACUGGUGUGUUUGCCAGGUUUCUUGGAAACGGGACAAGAGGGAUCAGCAAAAAACCAAGACUUGCACAGAGAGCUGAGUCCAUUUUACACAAAUUAAAUCAAACAGAGACCGAUCCCCGGAUACUCAGGAAACGUGUGUGCUUUACGCCACGAUGGAAGAAUGUACAACUGCUUACAACUUUAUCGGACUGUAAAAGCUAGUGUAUCAUGCCAUACCUGGCCCACACUGCACACGCCCAGUUUGUGGGGCUCUGGGUGAGUGCCACUGGCUGGAUCCUCACCAUCGUGACUGUAGGCUUGGUGGAGUGGAGGGUUUGGGAGGUCUCCGACCUGUCUGUCAUCAGCUCUGGCCUGGCCUGGGUGGGCAUCUGGAGAGUGUGCUUUUUCUCCAAUGUGCUUGUCACGUCUCAGUACGAGGUCGUUUACUGCCAGCGGAUGCAACUGACAGACGCUUACACACCUAGUGAGAUUGCUGCAGCUCAGGUGCUCAUGCUGCUUGCAUUCAUCUUGGGACUUUUUGGCAAUUCCAGUGUUAUUUAUGGACUCAGGAAUGUCUACUUUGGAGUUGACGAGACCAGAUCGAUCACUCUGGCUUUUUCUUUUGGUGGGGGACUUUUGUUACUUGCUGGUGUGACUUCAUUAAUUCCUCUUUUCUGGAACUUAAACGCUGUGGUGACUAACCAGACCAUCAACUUUCCACCCAACUUCUACAUGCCCCCAGCUCCUCAUGAUCAAUAUGUUGGUCCUGGUAUCGCUGUUGGAAUUUUUGCUUCCAUCAUGGUGGUGUUGAGUGGAACAGUGUUUCUGUGUUACAAGCUGCCAGAAGGACUGAGUACCAAAAUCAGUCCUUCAAGGACAAAGGGAAACUCCUGUGGACUGAUUGAAACUGGGAUGGCAGAUCAUAUGAAAUCCAAACAGAUGAUAGUGCAAAGCAGAAAGAACUUCAGCGGUAUUGACAACCGUGCAUUCCAGUCGCAGAAGGAUGGCUAAAUGUGGGUUUUCAUUUUCCAGUCAUAAACUCAUGUUAUGAUUGUUAACACUCAAUUGUGUAUUCAUUGAAAUGCUUAUGUUUUUGAAAGGAGAUUUGGUCAGAUUGUUUACAAGACAAACCACAUUAGUGCAAUUAAAGUGUGUGUGUCCUUUGGGGUAGAACACUAAUUGGAAAGUUAUUCAUAAACAUACAGUUCUCAUGGGAUUUAACACUUGACAUCAUUGCAAACAGCUCACGCAGAUACACAAUGAAUGCUAAUAUUGUGAGUUUUCUUUUUU